GUUUAUCUGAUGGAUUACUGCGCAACCAAACCAGACCACAUGUCAGCGCUUCUAGCUUCCCUCAGCCAGGUGUCACACGAUGAGCAUGAGUGGAUGGCGGCAGAGAUAUCUGAGCACCUUAAGGCUUACACAAUCAGUGUAACAACUACGCAACUAGGCUUUGAGGGACUUAAAAAGAGUUUUACGGAUACAACAGCCCGCCGUCUCUUAGUGUCUAAAUUUGGUUGGGUGAGGGAGGAAGCUCAGGACGAGGAGACGAAACAAGACCAAGCGUGCAUCAUGGCGAUUGAAGAAAUGUUCUCGUCAGUGAGACAGGUGGAUGUCGAAUUUCCUUCCGGUUUCACGAAGCCUUACCAUCCUGGCAUUCGUGUGGCAUUCAGUGGCGAACAACUGGCACCGACGUCGGUGAAUGUUGAACAAACACACAUAAUCCGGGGGGGCGCUGAUGGAGCAACCUGCAAGCCAAUGGUAAAUCCAAGAUAAUAACUAACAAGACAGAGCUCGCGGAUAAGAGUAUUCAAAGUACUCCACCGAUAACAGAGUUACAGAAGAAGAAAGAAAUUUCAUCUAAUCAGUAUCUCAAAAAGGACAAAAAUUGAUCAAUUGUAGAAGAACUACAGCUGGAGAUUGGAGGCGAUAAUGAUUGGGUAUCAAGGAAAGACAACCAUGCUAACCUAGCAACUGAUGCAGGUGUUUUGAAUGCACCAAAUAAAGGCAAUGAUCGGGAGCUUCCCUCUGACCACAAACCUCUGAUGUCUUCUAAUGACGGGGACCCUAGCAAAGAAAACCAGCUGCUCCUUUAUACAUACGCUCAACCACAGAAGAAGAAGGCGAAGCACAAAAACAAAAACAAUGAAAACAUCUCAAUGCAGAUCACGGAAAGACAAAGAGUGUACGAAGAAAGAAAGCAAACCAGAAUUAUCAGUAAUAUGAAAGGAAUCCAUCCUUCACACCUACAAGACAGAAGCGAAAGUCGAACAAGACGUCGUAUCUCCUAAGCACUACCCCGUGACAGAGUCAUCAGACGCGAGACCUGAUGAAAUCGGCCAUCAGGCUGAAGAGAGGACUCUUCAUAAGACACCGACAGCAUCUGAACUCGCUGCAAAUAUUACCGAUGCACAAGAAGGAAAUGUCAAGGGGAGUGAUAAGCUCAACUUGCGGACUAAGCAGAACAAGUUAGAAAGAACGAAAAACAAGAUGGAUGUAGAGGCUGAUCAAUUGUCUGUGCAAAGAGUUAAGAUCAAUCGAGAGAGCAAAAACCAGAAGAGAAAGGAAAGCUUGUCCGUCGAGAUGCAAGUUGCAAGUGGUCAAAAUAAGAAAUAGGUAGCAAAAAGUAAGUUAUUUUUCUACAUACCUUCAGUUAAGUUGCUCAACGAGAAGGUAAUUUAAUCAUAUUGUUCAACUAAUGGGAUCAAUAAAAAAAGGGAAAAACCGAAACAAUCGCGAAGAUGAUUUACCCAGAAAGGGACACGCCUGUGGAGUAAUGGGUAGACCGUCCGCGCCUUCCACCACCAAGGCCAGUUCAUACGCCACAGCUGCCCAGAAUGGAAACAGCACGGGGAGAGAAACCCACAGAGAAUCAAACCAGACAAAUGGAAUGGUACAAGAUGGCGCAAGAUCAAUUAAAAGCCUGGAGUCACAUGGUGGAAAGAGCAUCUCGCGUCUUCUCGUCCAGGCAAACAUGCACCAAGGGGACGGAAGACUUAUCAUCCCAGGUGUACAGUGUUGUUCCAUUGCUCUCUGCGCCAUCCUCAGAGCGUCCAGCAAAAUCCCAUUGCUGUGGACUCCUGAGGACAUGGACGACAUCAUCUUCACCGGGGAUAAGAGACACAGGGAGACUCAAGAGAAGAUGGGUCUCUCGAAAACCGCAUAUCUGCACAUUGAUGAGAUUGAUCUAGAUAUUAAACUACGGGGUCGGCACUUCCACCUGAAGAGAGGUGGUGUCAUGUGUGGUGAUAUUAUGAACGAUGGCACAGACAAGAACAAUCCGCUACCAGGCAUUGAAAGUAGUAUAGAAUCUUUGAACGAGUAUGGCAUGUUCAUCAUUAGAUACCUACUUUAUACAGUCGCCUUAUUUAAGACAUCUCAAACUUGGUUGUUGUUUGAUUCUCAUAAUCGUGACCAGAAUGGGUUUAGACAUCCUAACGGGAAGGCUGUUCUUCUCGAGUUUAAGACUCUAAGAAGUGUUGCCUGUUACAUCAUGCGGUUCGUGAGCUGUAACGGAUUCAUCGACGAGAAGAGUCCACGCCCGCUAGAUAAUUCGCAAUUGAGCUAUGAACUUGCAUAAAAGUAGCCGUCCUGAGUUGAGCUAGGAUCCUUUACGCGUGGCAUUGACAAUGAAUUACUGGCGAUCCUUUGCUAACUAAUCGGAAUUAUGAAUUUAAUAUGAUUGUAUAUUUUGUAUAUAGCUAAUAAAGUACGUUCAAUAUCA